UGUGCAAACAGACUGAAACAAAAUCUAGUAUUGUGGUGUUGGCUAGGCUAGAGUUAGGAGGGCGAUCUUGUCUGUAAGCCGACAUUCAGCAGCUGGCAAGGAUUACAUAUCCCCCGCUAACCACAGAUCGCUUAGUGCCCUUCCAACUAUGAAUAAUAGAGAAGCCACCAAACCAAACACACCGCGAGAUCAGACAGCUAAGCCUUUUUUGCCCUUUUCUAUAGAGAAUAUCCUUCGUGAAGGGGCUUUUAGAAGUCGGCCGGACUCUCCAGAGCCUGCGCAGGAUGAGAUCAAAAGAGAGAUUUCAUUCACAACGAAUGCUUCCAGUAAAGACGAUGCUACAGCCAAGAAGAUAGACAACAUCUUCGUGAGGCUGCCGUGGUUGGCCUAUACACGCUACUGCCCACCAAAGAUUCCAAGAUCCAAACCCCGAAGAGGCAGUCGCAAGCACAAGCUGGAUAGAAACCCACGGAUCCCUUUUUCUGCGUCGCAGCUUGCCGCGUUGGAGGCGAAAUUUCUAGAUACGCACUAUCUAUCUAGCGUCGAGGUCCGAGAUCUGUCUUCUUCACUCUCCGUAACAGAACAUCGUGUGAAAAUCUGGUUCCAGAACAGACGCGCUCGCGAGAAGAAGACCAAAGAAUUUUGCGAUUGCACUAUCGACAUUGAAAAUUGAUUUUGAACUCCAGUGGAAUGUGUUUCAAUAAAUUAUACGCGCUUGCUUGUUCGCGCGCGGUAGAGCGAUCAGGUUUGCUCAGAAUGAAAAUAUCAUACUUCUCGCUUGCCUAUUGCUUACGCAAAGAAGAAAUAGAGAUAAAAAGGCAAAGUUCGGAAAUCGGACUACGGUGUUGGUUAAUGACUAAGAAUGCAAAGAGAGGUUUUAAAAAUGUUAUUUAAACAGACAGCGCAAUCUGUCCGCCCUGAUGGAGCAAGAAAGGAAGGCGAUUGUCUUGACUGCCAUCAACAGGGAUCAGCUUGAAGAAAAGAGACAAACAUUAUGACCACACCAGACAGGCACAACCUAUACAUGUCCAUGAUCAAUGUGUACAUUCGAAAACCACAAAUAAAACAUGAAAGAAAAAUUA